CCCAUACACCGGCCAUGUUUGUCUCCAUGCCUAGCCCAUCUGUACACCAGCCAAAAUAUCUGCAAAUACAGCAUGGUUCUCUGUGAAUAGACAAGCUACGAUAUUAGGAAUACAAUGUUUAGCUAACAACAAGCAAAUAUGUAAUAAAAUGGUAUCAUAGCCCACCUACUUUUUCUUGGUCUUGGCUUAUGUCAAGCCGGCUGGCUUCAACUUCUUGUCUGCUAGACAUCCAAAUGCCAGUGUUAAGCACCAACUCUAAUGUCAUCUUUCUUGCCUGGAGGUAUCUAGAGCCAAUUACUAAGGCAUAUACUAGACGCUGAAGAUUCCUGAGCCCUUUAAAUCACUUGGACUUCCUAGCUGGUCUAUUUGUAAGCUUUCAGUGUCGGGAAACAAUCUGUGGUUAUGGUGAUGGGAACACUGAUAAUGUAUCUAUCAUGCUCUCUGUGCUUAUUUCUUCUCUUAAUUCUCAACAAGUUCAUCACUAAAGUAUGGUGGACUCCAAUUCGCGUUCAAUCUUUCAUGAGUUCACAAGGAAUUAGAGGCCCUUCUUACAGAAUCCUCCAUGGAAAUACCAAAGAGAUCAUGAAUAUGAGAAAUGAAGUCUUGAAAAGUUCUCCCAUGGAACUGUCUCAUCAAUUGCUACCAAGAGUUCAACCUCACAUUUAUUCAUGGAUAAAGCUAUAUGGGAAGAACUUCCUUUGCUGGUAUGGUCCUCAAGCUCAGUUGAUGGUCACAGAACCUGAGCUGAUUAAAGAAGUACUUAGCAAUAAAGAUGGAGACUACCCCAAAAUACUAUUUGAUGCUUAUAUGAAAAAGCUCUUAGGGAAUGGAACUGUGACUGCCCAAGGAGAAAAUUGGGUUAAUCUACGUAAAUUAUCCAAUCACGCUUUCCAUGCUGAGUGCUUGAAAGGCAUGAUUCCUGCAAUGAUAACAAGUGUGGAAAUGAUGCUUGAAAGAUGGAGACACCAUGAUGGGAAGGAAAUUGAAGUAUUCCAAGAAUUCAAGGUCUUAGCCUCAGAAAUAAUUUCCAGGACAGCUUUUGGAAGCAGCUACUUGGAAGGGGAGCAGAUAAUUGAUAUGCUAACAAAAAUUGCACACCUCAUUUCCAAAAACCGUUACAAAAUUAGAAUUCCUGGAGUUGGAAAAUUUGUGAAAACAUGUGAUGAUGUUGAAUCAGAAAAACUUGAACAAGGGAUACGAAACUGCAUCUUAAAUAUGAUAAAGAAAAGAGAAGAAUCUGUAAUUACAGGCCGAUUAGAAAACUAUGGAAAUGAUUUUCUUGGAUUACUUGUAAAGGCAAGUCAUGAUGCAGACAAAAGAAUGAAAUUAUCAGUUGAUGAUGUAAUUGAUGAAUGCAAGACUUUCUAUGUGGGUGGGCAUGAAACAACUACAAGCCUACUUGCCUGGACUGUUCUUCUUCUAGCAAUUCACAUAGAUUGGCAGGACAAAGCAAGAAAAGAGGUAGUUGAAUUAUUUGGCAAACAAAAUCCAACUCCAGAUGGCAUCUCAAGACUAAAGAUUAUGAGCAUGAUUGUGAAUGAAUCUCUAAGGCUAUAUCCUCCUGUUGUUAGUCUGGCAAGACAAAUCCACGAUAAAGUUGUGCUGGGGAAUCUAAUUCUUCCAGCAAAGGUUCAAGUCUCUAUUCCUAUUCUGGCAAUUCAUCAUGACCCUCAGAUAUGGGGAGAAGACGUUGAUCAUUUCAAACCAGAAAGAUUUGCACAAGGGGUGGCUAAAGCUACAAACAAUAAUAUAGCUGCAUUUUUGCCCUUUGGUCUGGGACCUCGAAACUGUGUGGGCUCAAAUUUUGCAGUCACAGAAGCAAAAAUUGCACUUUCAAUGAUUUUGCAGCACUACAGGUUUACUCUAUCCCCCACUUAUGUCCAUUCUCCAGCUUAUCUUCUCACAAUGAACCCAAAAAAUGGAAUUCAAGUCAAACUCCAAGCACUGUAAGCCCGGAUUCUAGAAUCCGCAGAAGUGCCAGUCCUUCUGAAGUCACUCGUAGAAACUACAGUCCGCCUGCUAUAAUGGAAGCUACCUUGUAUGUAGAAUCCACAACUCUCUGUGGAUAAAAACAUUCUUACCAUAUCAAUAUUGGUAUGCGUUUUGGUUUUAA